AUGGUAAUAAUCUUAUUAUAUAUAUAUAUCUGUGGGGGGGGGGGGGGGGGGGGGGGGGGGGGGGGGGGGGGGGGGGGGGGGGGGGGGGGGGGGGGGGGGGGGGGGGAUGGGGGGGGGGGGGGGGGGGGGGGGGGGGGGGGGGGGGGGGGGGGGGGGGGGGGGGGGGGGGGGGGGGGGGGGGGGGGGGGGGGGGGGGGGGGGGGGGGGGGGGGGGGGGGGGGGGGGGGGGGGGGGGGGGGGGGGGGGGGGGGGGGGGGGGGGGGGGGGGGGGGGGGUGGGG